ACAUUCAUGUUUGGCUUAACUUAGGGAUCUCCUUCUUCUGGGAGUUGCAUAAAAUCAUUUCAUUACAAUUGUGGUAUAUAUCGGCAAAGCGGUUCAAAUAUGAAUAGUGUUCAAACAGUAUUAGGUCUAGUUCCAUCCACUUCCUUGGGGAGAACACUAACACACGAGCAUUUAGAGAUCAACUACAGCCACUUCUACAUUCCACCACCAGUGAAUAUUGAACCAUUUGUUGAGAAAAAAAUCUCUCUCGGCAAUAUUGGACUUGUUCGACAGUAUCCGUAUGCUAGCAGAGAGAACUUGGGCCUAGACAAGUCCACCAGGCAAAGUGUUUUGAAGGAAAUGCAUUUGUUUUUGGAAUGGGGCGGUGGUUCUGUGGCUGAGAACACAAAUCACGGUCUCCACAGAAACUUAGCCCUGAUGAGACAAGUACAACAAGAAACUGGGGUUAAUGUGAUAGCAGGAACUGGAUACUACUUGGCUCAAAUCCAACCCCACAGUGUUCUGAACAUGUCUCAAGAAGACAUCUUCAAUGUCAUCAUUACCGAGAUGACGGAAGGCUGCCUGGAAGAUUCAACAGUCAAGUGUGGAUUCAUUGGAGAGGUCGCCAGUGACUGGCCCAUAAGUGAUUUUGAAAAGCGCAGCAUCCAAGCAACUGCAGAGGCACAGUCGUCGCUAGGCUGUGCUGUCAGCUUCCACCCCGGGAGGGAUCCCAAAGCUCCUUUUGAGAUCAUUCGCCUAUUUCAAGAGGCAGGUGGAGAUGUCCAGAAGGCAGUCAUGUCACACUUGGACAGAACCCUAUCUCAGUCGGAGCAGCUGGAGUUUGCGGCGCUGGGAGCGUAUUGUCAGCAAGACCUGUUCGGCACAGAGUGCUCGUACUACCAGUUACACCCGAUGUACGACAUGCCCUCCGAUGCCCAGCGACUCAGCAACGUGACAGCACUGCUCAGAGAGGGCAGGGAAGACCGGGUGCUCAUGUCUCAUGACAUACACACCAAACACAGACUGAUGGACUAUGGAGGCCAUGGGUACGCUCAUAUUUUGAUCAACAUUGUACACAAAAUGUUGGCCAAAGGUAUUCCCCAACAAGUAAUCGAUAAAAUAACUAUUAAGAACCCACAAAACUGGCUUUCUAUAAAGCAAUAAUCCAAAUAACAUACAUUUUGUUCUGUGCCAAUUCUAAUUAGUCAUAUUUAUUGUUUAUAAGCUAACAUGUAUUUAAAAGCACUAUGUUAUCCAGUGUUUCCAUGCUUUGGAUGUACAUCUUGAUUAUAUAUAAAUUAAAUAACUACGUAUAAAGUAAGGAUACUGCGUUUAUC